UUUUCGGUGCCGUCAGUCUGUGAGAAAACGUCGGGCUGUUUGGUUGUCUUCAUUUUGUAUUUUUUCGGCGUUUCGCGUUCAGUUUGCUGCGGUUCUUCGGUUCGGUUGGUUGUUCACUUCACUUCGCUAGAGAGUUGUGCCUUUGCGGCCUUUUGACUUAUCGAACACAUUCGGUUUAUUGCGGGUGCGGGUGGCGGCGAACGUCGCGGAAAACUCUGCGCACCCUCAAUUGCCCAGAGAAAGAUAAACAACACAAAAUUGGAAAAGCAAAACGAAAACUACGAAAAAUACAGAAAAGAAAAAUAAAGUGUUCAAAGUGUGAAAGAUGCGGCAAAGGCAAAUUGAAACGUAAUCAAGCAAAAGAUUGCGAUAUUGAAAGCAGUGCCUCAAUAGACACCAGGAGCUUCAAAGGCAGAGUAGAGUCCCUCAAUAAGUGCGGCUGACUGGAUUUGUCUGUCCGUCUGGAUGUCUCUCGGUCUGUCUGUCUUGUCUUUCGCUCUGUCUACGGCUUCUGUGGCCCCCUAGUGCAAACGCAUGAGUUCUGUCAACGAAAUGACAUGCAGCAUCUGUCUAUGUUGCCGUAGACCAGGACGUGCUGCUGCGUCUCAGUUGUUGCUAUUUUUAUGAGCACACACACACACGCACACUUAAAGACUCACACUGUGUAUACGACGACGACGGAUGCGUGGCCCCAUGAAAAAUCAAUUAACACGCAGAAUUAUUAAAAACGACGAAAACCAAAAAAAAGAAACAACGACGAAAAACGAAUCGACUGCUAGUGCAACUCUUUCGUUUGGGGCAGCCAAGUGAUCUUCGCUAGAAACAAGAAAACAAAACAAAAACUUCAAAGCAGCUGCAGCGCAAUGUCGCGCCUCUGCAAAUUUGGAUAUGGAUUUCUGCUGCUGGCCAUGCUGCAGUUGCUCCAAACGGCAACGUCUAUGAAAGUUUCGCUGUUUGGCGAUGGCUACGUGUCGAUGCCGCUGCAGGAGGCCAAAAUGUCAACGAACAUACGCGUCAAGUUUCGCACAAAGCAGGAGGAUGCAUUCCUCUUUCUGGCCGCCGGUCGCACCGAUUACUGCCUGCUGCGUCUCGAGAAUGGCCUCAUCAGUUUCAGCUAUAAAAUUGAACGGGAUGUGGUCCAGCUGCGUUCGCCCAAGAAGCAAAAGCUUAACGACUUGGAGUGGCACGAUGUGGCCGUGCAACGUUUCGAGAAUAAUGUUACCCUGCAGGUGGAUGGUCACAUAAUGCGCAAACAGCUGCCCGACGAUUUGGCCGCCCUCAAUGUACAUUUUGGCACCUUCCUUGGCGGCGUUGGAGAUUUUACGGCAGCAUUCCUUGACGAUGUCAUUGGCUUUCGAGGCUGCAUCUCCGAUGUCUUUUACAACAACAUCAACAUCAUUAAGCGUGCCAAAGAUCGCACAGGGCACACGAUCAGCACUGGCGUCACCUGGACUUGCAGCAAUGAGUUCGAUGGCGGAGCUCAGGACAGCAUCAGUUUCCUGAGCAACGAUUCCUUUGCUCUCAUGCUCAAGGAGUCGCAUGCCGAGGGCGAAAUCCUCUCGUUUCAAUUUCGCACCAUGACUGAGACGGGCACGCUCUUCUUCAAUGGUGGCUACGAUUUUAUGCUGCUGGAAAUUGAGGAUCAGAAGCUAAAGCUGACAUUCAACAAGGAGGGCAGCCUGGUGCAGUUCUGGACAAACGAAUCCAUCUCCGAUGGCAAAUGGCAUAGUGUACAGCUGCGUUACAAUGCACUGAUGGCUCAACUGUUACUGGACGAUGUCCACAUGCCAUAUCAUGGCCAGCAUGCCAAUGAAACCAAGACGAGCAUCAGUCUGGAGAAGAGCGUCUUCUUUGGUGGCGUGCAGGAGGAAAUGCGUCGCCGUCUCAUCAACAAGGGACUGCGCAUCAAUGAGCUCAGCUUCAAAGGCUGCAUUCGCAACAUUCUGGUAAAUAAUCUGCCGCUGGGCUUUGGAGAGAUGACCAUCUCGCGCCACUUGGCGCUGGGCUGUGUGUGGAAGUAUCCAUGUGUGGAGUAUAGUCCGUGCUUGAAGAGCGGCAUCUGCAGUCAGCAUGGCGUGGAUGAGUUCAUUUGCUACUGCGAUCAGAGCUACUGCAUCAAAGCGGAUUUUCAGGGGCCUUUCAAGAUCUUUACGGAAACGAGUCCCGAGCUGGAGCUGCUCUAUGUUUCGCCUCUGCAGCUGCUAGAAGGCGGCACCGCUUUUCUCUCGCCGCACAUCAUUGACGUGCUCCUCGACUCGCGUCGCUAUCCCAGUCUCAAUGAGCACUCUAUAGCGUUUAAUGUGGUACAACAGCCCAAAUAUGGACAACUACUGCAGUACUCCGCUGAGAAGUCGAACUUUGUGCCCUGUCGCUCCUUCAACCUGAUUGAUCUGGCCACAGAUAAGUUAAAGUAUGUGCACAACGGGCAGGAGAACUUUAAUGAUCAUGCCACGCUGGACCUGCAGAUCUUUGGCGAUGCCCACAAGAUACCCGAAAACAUUCUCGGCAAGCAUCGUUUCCUGCUCCAUGCGAAUAUCACAGCUGUCAACGAUCCUCCGCAGCUGCAACUGCAUUCCCACAAGAUACUGCGUGUCAUCGAGGGCAUCGAGCGUAUACUUGAUGUGGAUCUGUUCAACAUUGCGGAUCCCGACAGCGAUCCCAGUGACUUGAUCUACACCAUAAUGCCAUCAACGGUGUCCCAAGAGGCCUUUGGUCGCUUUCUGGUGGGCGGCAUUCAUACGCAAACCUUCUCGCAGGGCGAUGUCAAUGAUGGCAAAGUCUCGUAUUUGUAUAACUCGACGACAACCGAAUCCUUUAGCUAUCAGCUGCUGCUGCACGUCUCCGAUGGCAUUGAGACCAGCGAUACCGUCUACUUGCCGGUAUCGGUGCAUCCGCUGGAGCUGCGAGUGGUCAACAACACGGGUCUCAUCAUGAUCCACAAGAAUUCGAUGCUCUUGACGCCUGCGAAUCUUUCCAUUGGCACAAAUGCUGUGGACGAGCACAUCGACAUACGCUACGACAUUGUGAAGCCACCGCAACACGGCAUCGUGCAGCGUCUGCGACAAAUCGAUGGCACCUGGGUGAACGUGGAAUGGUUCACCGAUAGCCAACUGCUGCUGGGCCACAUUCGGUAUCUGCACAACAGCGAUUUCCCUUGGCAAGACGAAUUCAAGUUUAUUGCCUCCUUUGGCUUUGUGACGACCCAAACAUUUGAUUUUCGUAUCACAUUCACCCGGCUGCGCAUUGCGAGCACUUCACCCAGUGUGAUAGCCAUUAAUGGCUCUCGUGAAUUUCUGCUGACCAACAAACUCCUCAACUACGAGACGGUGCCCAUUGGCAGCUUUCCCCGCAAUGUGAUCUACAAGAUCACUAAACCAACCAAAUAUGGCGGCAUCUAUGUGGAAGGAUCGCGUAAGGCGGCCAAACAAAUGGAUUCCUUUACCCAACAGGACAUCGAUAAGCGACGCAUUUACUACAAGACACAUCACAACUGUUACUCGAGUUUCACGGAUCAUCUGGAGUUUGUGGUCUCGGUGGCCGAAUGUGAUGAUGUGCAGGGCAAGCUGCAGAUCAUUUUCAAUCCACAAGAAGAGCUCAUCCACAAGUUGCACUUUCAGAAGUACGAAGUGCUCAAGGUGCAAGAAGGAGAACGCGCUUUGAUUACCAAGAAUCACUUUGAGAUACGCUUCAACAUCUACGAGAGUCUGCAGUUCCAUGUUGCGGUGCCGCCAGCUCAUGGCCUGGUCUGCAAAUACGAUGAACAAACGGGUCUGACCACGCCAGUGGAGCUGUUUACGCUAGAGCAACUGUUUCGCAAUGACAUCUAUUACUGUCACGAUGAUACGGAGUCCACUCUCGAUGGCUUCGAGCUGCUGAUACUCUCGGGCGAUGAGACUGAUCUGCAGUUUGUGUCGAACAUCGAAGUGCACAUCAAGCUGGUUAACGACAAUGAACCUUAUCGCAGUGCGGUAGAGCGUGUCUUCCAUGUGGUGCGCAAUGGCAUACGCACUCUUAAUCCCACCGUGCUGCAGUAUCUGGAUGCGGAUGUGAACACCAAUCACACGGAUAUCCAUUAUACCCAUGUGUCGAGCACCAUUGGCGCCUUCUACAAGUCGGGACACUUUAUCGACACCUUCAGCCAGGAUGACAUUGCCAAUCGUCGCAUUCUGUUUCAGCACAGUGGACCUGAUGUGGGCACCGCUUCCUUCAUUGUAACGGAUCGCGAGCACGAGGUGAAUGGUCAGCUGGAGAUACGUGCUUCGGAUCCGUUUGUUUCCAUGCUGCCGGCGAAUGCCUCGAUUGUUCAGGAGGGCAAGUUUGUCAUACUCAAGAACAAGGAUUUUGUGCUGGAAACGAAUUUGGACAUGAAGCUCGAUGAGAUCUACUACGAGGUCAUUAAGCCGCCUUCGUAUGGCAUUCUCAUGUAUCUCAGCGGACAACCAGGAGCCCAGGAGCGGGACAACAACAGCAUCAUGCACAAGGCCACCAAUUUUACGUCGUUGGGCAACUUUACGCACUUGGACAUUGAGCGGGAGCGUUUGGUCUAUUGGAACACGGAGAUUGCUUCGAUGGAUAAAGUGAGAUAUCGCGUGCACAUCAAGAACAUUACCGCUGAGGGCGAGGUAAUCUUUCGCAUUUAUCCCUCAGCUUAUUGGGAACCCUUGCAGGUCAAGCAGAAUCACACACUAUACGUGGAGGAGUCCACGAGUGUGCUCAUCGCCAGAGACAUAUUAGAGGUUGUGCACCCCAACAUCUCGCCGGGCGACAUCACCUUCUUGGUCACGUCCUCGCCCAUGCACGGCUAUCUGGAGAUGCAGUCCAUGUCGUUUGACGACGAGUACAACUGCAAGGUCUUCGAUCAGUCUUCCGUCAACACUGAGAAAAUGUUCUACAUACAAGCGGGUGUUAAUCAAUCCUCUGACUACUUUGUCUUCGAUGUGACCAAUGGGAUCACAUGGCUGCGACAGCUGAUGCUCAAGAUCGUCAUCAUUCCCGAGAAGCUUUACAUGCACACAAACACCAUUUCGGUGGUGGAGGGCAAGAUGGUGCAACUAACUGCCAGCGAUAUACAACCCUAUUCGGAGUACUAUCGUGGCAAGAUCUUGGAGUACAUUGUCACCGUCACACCCAGUUCGGGUCACAUACUCGCCGGCAGUUCGAAGGUCAAGCGAUUUACACAAAAACAACUCGAGCAAGGCAGCAUUCAAUAUGUGCACAAUGACAGCGAGAAUUCAACAGAUACGCUGACCAUGGUGGCCAUGGCCAGGAACAAGGAGAGUGUGCCAUUCGAGCUGGAGAUUUCCGUUGUGCCGGUCAAUGAUGAGGAGCCCAUGAUGGUGACCAACACAGGUCUGCAAGUGUGGAACGGCGGUCGCUAUAUCAUCAAGAAUACAGAUCUACUCGCCCAGGAUUACGAUACGCCACCGGAAAAUCUCACCUACAUUGUGCACUAUAUCUAUGGCGGAUACUUGGCUGAAAAGUCCUCGGUUCUGCACAAGAUCGAUCACUUCAGUCAAGCCGAUAUCAACACGGAGAAAAUACUCUUUAUUCACAAUGCGAAUUCAAAGAGAAACGAACUUUCUUUUUUGGUCACUGAUGGACUAUUCAAUACCAGCAGUCAGCUGCUUAACAUCGAGAUUAAACCCAUCGAGAUUCUAGCUGACCACAAUGAGAACUUACACGUCUUCCCAUUGACCAAAAAGCAGAUACUCCGCGAUCAUCUGCACUUCAAGUGCUCGGAUGAGGAGCGUGAGAUACGCUACAACAUCACAGUUCCACCCAACUUGGGACGCAUUGUCAACGAGUAUCUGGGCAAUGGUUAUGCCAAAGAGAUCAGCGAAUUCACACAGAACGAUGUGGACAAUGGACACAUCUUCUAUGAGCACACCGCUGUCAUCAUGGAAUUUCGUAUUAACGAUUCCUUCUUCUUCGAUGUGGUCGCUGAGCGCAGCGAUCGCUUGUUGGAUCAAAAGUUCAAUAUUGAAAUCUCUGUAUCAUCGGGAGGAUUACUGCGAUUUUUGCCAGUUUCUAAAUUAAAUGUGGAUGAGGGCGGCUCAGUGCCCAUUAAGCUAGACUUUUCCAAGAUCUUAGAGUACUUGAAAACCCGAGCGGGCAUUAACAACCCCGAGCUGUUCAUUGAGGCGGUGCAGAAGCCCACGCAUGGAAGCAUUGGAUUGGGACACGAGUUCAAGACAAUGCAGCGAUAUCAUCCCAGCGAUUUCUUUACCAAGAAAGUUUACUACAUUCACGAUCACACGGACACACUGGAGGACACCAUUCUGAUGGGCGUCUAUCUAACACAGGGCAACAUAUUCCUUUGCAACCUGACCAUCCCCGUCUCUAUAAACCCCAUCAACGAUCAACCUUUUCAAUUGAAAACGCACUUACCCCAAAUGACUGUCGUUGAAGGCGAGAAUCGCACCAUCACUCGCGACGCACUGCUCACCGAGGACAAGGACACGCCGCCCGAGGAGAUUAUCUACGAUGUGAUGAGUGGUCCCACACUCGGUGUGCUCAAGAAACUCAACAGCAAUGGCCAGCCGGAGGAUCUGUUGGUGUUUUCCAAUCAAUUUACGCAGGCGGACAUUAACAAUGAUCGCAUAAUUUAUGUCCACUUUGGCCAGCCACAAUCGACAACGUUUUGUUUCACCGUGACCGAUGGUCAAUUCAAUCCGGCCUAUGAGAUCUUCACCAUCAAGGUGGCGCCCAUCAGUCUGCUGCCAGCCAGCACACAGACGCCAGUGAUGCUGCAACAGGGCACAGACAGGUCUGCUAUGAGGUUGGAGCACAUUGGAGUCGACACAAACGUGAAGCUGGAUCGAUUGGCUUACAAUAUUUCCAAUUCACCUCUUUAUGGCAUACUCUUGUACAAGAAUCAGCCCACACUGCGAUUCAAUCAACAGAUGUUGGAGACCGCACAGAUUACGUAUAUGCUGACGGAACCGCUCCGAUCCAAUGAUACGUUUCAGAUUAGCGCCUAUGUGCCAGGCACCAAUUAUGUGGCCCAAGUGGAUGUGCUUGUUGUGGUGGAGCCGGUGAUAAAGAUCAAUGACAUUGCCAUGCGUGAGGUGGAAUCCACUUCGACUGCAGCGGGCAGCAAGAUGAAGCUAAGCAGCUCGCUGGUCAACGACAAUCCGCUCUCACUGAAGCUGAACAAAUUCAAUCCCAAAUUUGUCAUCACUCGCAUGCCCGCGACGGGACAGCUGCGCAAGAUAAUACGCAGCAGCAGCAACACGUUGGCAAGUGCUGCUGGCGGUGAUGCACAGAAUGAGCGCUCCACCAACAUCUUCUCGUACAAGGAGCUGCGCAGUGGCGUCGUCUACUUUGUGCCGAAUGAGUCCGUGGAUGAGACGCCAGCGGAAAGCGACAGUUUUGAUUAUCAACUCAUCAUCAAGACGGUGCAGCCAGCACAGGGCACUGUGCACAUUGAGUAUCGUUCGCAGGUGCAGGAAACGGAGACGGUGCAUCUGGGCAAUGCUCAGAUAUCCAUCAAUUAUCUGGCCGUUGGUUGUGCACUCUUCAUUCUGCUUAUUUGUCUGCUGAUUGUGCUGCUGCUGCUCAAGAUGCGAGGCCUACGCAAGCGCAAAGCAGACAUCUCGAAGGAUCAGCCACCUGCCUUGCCCUGUCCGCCCGACUUGACGUCGGUCAGUCCACAGCAUCUGCAUCAUCAUCAUCACCAUAACUAUGCCAGUUCCGAAGCGGAUUCAGUGCCUGCGACGGGCAACUCGACGCCGCUGCCGGGUUUCAGUAAUAUACCGCACUGCAAGAUUAUCCCCGUGGAAUCAUAUAAACACGAAUAUCCCGACUACGAUCCUGAUGAGGAUGAGACGGACGAUCAGUGUGAUCCGCAGCAAAUGAUGUUGCCGCAACGCUAUAAUCCCUAUCACGUGGAUCACGAUGCCUGGAGCUCAUCCUGUGACAUGGCCAACGACUUUGCUGGCUAUGCUUCGGUGCCCCAGAGCAUUUCCAUUUCCGGUUCAGUGAGUUCGCCACCUUCGGCGCCGCCCACGAAUCCGUUGUUGCGUCGAAAUCAGUAUUGGGUCUGAAGGAGAAAUUCGAGAUUACGGCAGUUUUUAGUCUUUAGCUUACAUACAAAUACAUAUUUAUUUAGGCUUAGUUGUAUUUUUACAUUUAAGGCUGAUUUAUGAGAUUCGCACACACACAAACAUACACAAACACACACACUCUAGUUGGUAAGCAAAAUGGACUUUGUUAGUUUUUAUUGAGCAUUUUCGUGAAAAAUAAUUGCGCCAUUUAAUUCAGCAGCCAUAUCUAUAUAAACAUAUUUAUAUGUAGGAGAUUCACUCGUUUUAGCCCAUAACAUUUGCCAACUUUCAAUAUUAGCCAAGUUAAGUCAACGAUUGCGAAAUAUUUAAAUAAAUGACAAUAUUUUUUAAGCAUA